AUGUAGCAUAGGGUGAAUAUAAUUUACAAAUCACUUCUUUUUUUUAUUAGCAUUUUUCAUACUGUCCAAAUUAUAUACAUAAUAUAUAAUAUAUAUAUAAUUUUUCUAGUUUUGAUCCUUUGGAAGCUUCAUCGAAGCCAUCUAGUGUAAAUAUAACAUCCAGUGUGUCAUUCAGAUUUAUCCAAUAAAACUUGCCUCAACAUGAUUUAUAUCGCCUAAUGAAUAUUUGACUUUUAUUGACUAUGUUAUAUCGUCUCACUGUAUUAUGUGUCUAAAACAUUUUGGUGCUUGAACAUGAGAGAAUAUGCAUGUUGCAUGUACAAAACAUUACAGACCCAAUUAACCCUCCUCUUGAUAAGUGACCUAUUUUUUAUCAGUACUGAUAACCAUCAGGAGAAGUUUAUUCUUGAAGAGCAACACGUUGGCAAGCAGUCUUCUAUUAAAACCCAUGAUACCACAGAGCAAGGAGAGACUGAUAUAGCUUUAGAAUGGGAAGUAUUGGAUGCAGAUGAGACUUCUAGAGUAAAAGAAGAAUCUUCUGGUCUUGUUAAGACUAUAGUUGAUGUCUUUCACAGAAAGUAAGCAAAACAUAAGACAAAUAGAGGAAAAAAGGUUGGCAUUGAUGUCAAAAGCACUUUAAAUCUACAGUAUAUAGAUCAUGAUUUUGUUGUUACAUUGCUAGAUUUCUGUAAGAAAUGGCUUGAGAAAUAAAAAAAAUUGCUCAGUUGCUCAAAGAAUCAUGUGGUCAAUUCCAGCGUCUUAUGGUCUUGAAAUAACAAUAAUUAUCCUUUAUUUACAGUAAUAUGAGGAAAAACAGUUAUUUAUUGAUUGGAAAGCAUUUUUAUUUUCUUAUUUUCACACUUCCACUCAAGUGUUGCUCUCACUUAGCUAUGAGACAUUUGCUGCAAUACUGCAGCCCUCUAGCUCUGGAUCGGUCACAGACACUCAAGAUACUCUUGACAGCCUUUCAUCCUCUGCGAAUCCUGAGGUCAGAAGCAGUCACAUGGCCAGGAUAUGUGAUCAUUCAUUGGAGGAGUUGGAGUUUGCUGAACCCUACAUGUGGCGUUUGGUUAGUGGUCGUUCAGAAUCAUCACUGUCGUCAAAAGAGACUGAAAGCUGGUUUGUUGUAGAUGAAGAAUAUUACCUAAAGAGGAAAUGGCCACCCUUGACAGAGGCUGACCUGCAUGAGAUAACAAAACAGGAGGAGGACAACAUACACGUUGACACAUUGAUUCAAGUUGAAACAACUAUUCUUGAAGAGCAGGACUAUGAGCAAGAUGUUGCUAAUGAUAAGAAUGUGACAGAGGAGCUUAAAAUGAUAGAGACAUUAAAGGAAUGGGUGGGAGCAGAACUGUCAGCCACAUUAUUCCCAGAGAAGGGGCCACAACAUCAUAUUGUGCCAGAGGUCUCUCUUUUCAUCCAACCAACAAAGGACAAAGAGACACUGCCUAUGUCUUCACCAUCCCCCAAAACACUGAAUAACCCAAAGCCUGUCCCAGAAAAGAAUGCUGUUCCAGCUUCAAAAGAACCAGUGCCACCAAGAAGGACCAAGAGGCAAGACAUACUUCAAGAGACUUCCAUAUUAUUGCCACCAGGUUCCAAUCCAGCUGGAAAAUCAUCUGAGCCAAAUGCUCAGAGUGACAAUAUCUGUGUUAUAAAACAAACUGAUCAUUAUUCUCAGAUUAUAUUACACAAUGAACAGCCUAAUGGAAAAUACGUUUAUGAGCCAGAAAGAAUGUCAGACACAGAAAAAACACUCACCAUUCAAAGUUUUUUAGCUACAGCAGAUGAGGGUCCAUCUCUAGAUAAAAUGAUUGAAAAAGAUCGCCCAGAAGAUGUACCCGUCCCAAUGGCUCGAACCAAGAAACGGCAAAGUGCUUCUUUUCCUGAUGAUACCUCUGUGGCAGAGACUACCAAAAAUGAGAUAGAAUCAUCCAAAUAUGGGAUUUGCCCAUCAGCAUCAAAAGAAGAGAAGCUGACUCCCCAAGGAAUUGUACCAUCAUGUGAUAGCAAGAGGGGAGAAAAUGUUCCACUUUUGCCACCAAAGAAUUACACAUCACAACCAAAUAGUGGGAAAACUCUGGCAGUCACUCAAUUAUGUGCACCUCAGAGGCAAAAGAGUAAAGUUCGACCCAACGAUGUUGCUGAAGCCAGUGGCAAAGAGAGUGAAGAAGAAUUUGAAGUAAAAAACCCCUCUGUGUUCUAUCAUCACAAAUGUCUCUCAGUCUGGCACAACAAGAAACACCCAAGCUGGGGAUAAG